UGUUCUGUGUCCUUCACCUUGACCACACCUCCUCCCCUUGAGUAACCCCCCCCUCACCUGCCUAACAGGACUCGACCCUUCCCCAGGACCCUUCCCCAGCCAAUCGGCUGAGGCCAUAGCCAUUACCUCACCAACUGCCCCCAGGCCCCAAUAAAACCUUUGUCCUUUUGAAACUCGCUCUCUUUCCCUGGUAUCUCACCGCUGCGUCGGUGCAGGUAGGGGAUUGAGCUCGAGCUAGCUCGAAUAAAGGCUCUUUGCUUUUGCAUCGGACUCGGCUCCCUAGUGGUCUUUGGGGAUCACGAAUUCUGGGCAUAACAUUUGGGGGCUCGGCCCGGGAUCCCCAAGAACCCCGAGGGACCCCCGACCCGGAGAGCCUGACUGGCCACGGUUAGUGUCUGUUUGUUCUGUCUUUUCUGUGUGAGCUCAUUUCUGGAAUUCUGGUAGUGCCCGACGCGGUCUAAGUGGACGCACUGGAGGACCACGGGCCGGGAGUUUCGGAAGACGUUCCGAUUCUCUCUUCUGGAGGGACGUGGAAUCCCCUCAAAGGUCUGAGACGAGGCGGGUCGCUCCCGCUGGUCGGCGUGAGGCCGUCGUCUUUGGAGGGACGUGGAAUCCCCUCAUCGGUUUUGGAGGGACAUGGAAUCCCCUCAAAGGUCUAAGCUAGCUUGCAGUUUUGCUUCCAUGGAGUUGGAAGACUUUCUAGGGGCCCUCUGUUUGUCUGUUUUUGUGUUUCUCUGUUUUGUUCUGUGGACUUACUGGACGGACGUUAUGGGACAGACUCAGACUACUCCUCUAAGUAUUACGAUUGAUCACUUUAAGGAUGUGAGGGGAAGAGCUAACAACCUCAGUGUGGACGUCCGAAAGGGUCAGUUGCAGUUUUUUUGUUCUAGUGAGUGGCCAACUUUCAAUGUCGGAUGGCCACCAGAGGGGACCUUCGACCUCCCUACCAUCCACCGAGUCAGGAGUAUCAUCUCUCAGCCUAAGGCGGGCCAUCUUGAUCAGCUCCCUUACAUUAUCACUUGGCAGGACCUUGUAGAAGACCCACCCUCUUGGCUUAAGCCCUUCCUAACCCUGCUCCCUCCGGAGCCAAAACCCAUUCUUGCUUUGCAGGAGACAGAGAAGAGGAAAAGUCUUACCCAGCCUUCAGCACCCCUCUACCCUGUCCUACAGGGGGGUACUGAAGAAGAAUUAAUUUUUCCUCCCCCGUAUAACCCCUCUAGGAUGCCGGAAGAACACCAUCCUCCCCCUCGGGGGGAGGCAGACGCUGUUCCGAGAGCGGGAGGCGGAAACGCUCCAGGGGGAAGCCCGCCCUUUACCAGACAAAGGGCUCAGAGGGGGCAAUCAGCCGCCGACUCCACUAUUCUGCCCCUGCGAGCCACCGGACCCCCAGACGCGGAGGGGAAUCAGCCCCAUCACUAUUGGCCUUUCGCCACUAGUGACCUCUACAAUUGGAAAGCUCAGAAUCCUAAGUUUUCCGAGAAACCGGCAGGGCUUAUUGAUUUAUUAGACUCUGUUCUUUUUACCCAUCAGCCCACGUGGGAUGAUUGCCAGCGGCUUUUGCAGGUCCUGUUCACGACUGAAGAAAGAGAAAGAAUCCUCAGUGGGGCCCGAAAACUAGUUCCAGGCGCAGACGGGAAUCCCACCACCAACCAGGCUCAGAUAGAUGCCUCCUUCCCCUUAACUCGGCCCCAGUGGGAUUUCAACAGGAAAGAAGGUAAGGAGAGGCUCCGGGUCUACCGCCAGACUCUAAUGGGGGGCUGCUUUUUUAGAACGGAUCAUGGAGGCAUUCCGUACCUAUACCCCCAUGGAUCCAGAGGCUCCGGAAAGCAAGGCAGCUGUUAUCAUGGCCUUUGUAAACCAAUUGGCCAAAGACAUUAGGAGAAAAUUACAGAAAAUAGAUAGACUAGGAGAAAAAAAGUCUGCAGGACUUACUGGUGGUAGCCAAAAAGGUAUAUAAUAACCGGGAGCCUCCUGAGGACAAGCAGGGUUUGCGCCAUGGUGGCUGCCAGCAGUAAGCAGACUCGAGACCUGGCCAGAAUACUACUAGCUACCACUGCUGACUUCCCCGAGGAACGAGACCGCCGUCUCCGGCAGCUGGCAGAGGACACAAGAAAAGGUAAAAGCACCAAGGGGGGGAAGCAGAGGCUGCAGAAGGAUCAGUGCGCAUACUGCAAGGAGA